GUGAGGAGCCGACUCUUGUUUACAGCAGGAUUCCACGGAGGAGCGGAGACCCACAGCCUGCGUUCACCGAGGGCGAGGAUUUCAGCCCCUGGAUAUACACGCUACGGGAGUUUUUGUUUUCUCUCCUUUAUGAGGAUAAAGGCGACACACGAAACACUCGUAAAGGGCAACUCCUUGUGGACACAUUCUCCCUCCCACCCCAGCCGAGGUCGUCUAGCUGGAGAGCCAUUCUCCUGCGUGGCACAAGUCUGCUGUUUUCUUUCAGCUGCAAAUCCCGACUGACGGCGGAGAUAAGUCCGACCCGAGGAGCUGGAAAAUUGGUUUAAAAAGCGACUUCUCACCGCGAGCCAGGACUGCUUGGUGUGGAUAGAGAACUUGUGUUGGUUGAAUGGCAUAAGCAAAAAAAGGUUUUUCAUUCAUUUUCCAACCUCGCAGCCACCACCCCUGUGGAUCUGGACGUGUUUUCUGCCCCAUACCUCCCCUCACACACUCAAUCACACGGGGGAUUAUUGAGAGCGACACUGGCGUAAAUGUAUUAUGGUGUCAAUGGCUGCCAAUAAUAACAUUUAGCCUGGCAUUUUGAAAUUGUUAUUACCAGGCCUGAUCGCACUGUACGCGCACUGCUGUUUUCAAGAGAUGGAGACUGAAGAUGGGGAUUACCAUCAUUUAUCCAGGAAAAUCACUGGCGUGUGUGCCAUACCAGCCGACGUCAAAGUACCCUGUGACUGGCAAAAAUAGCAGACCGUUUUAGUAUUUUUUUUCUCCAUAGGAAUUCCCUGUCAUAACGUGGUGUACACAUUUAUUUAUAUAUUUUUAGAGCAAAUCCUGGAAGCCACGCAUUUGCAGGCUACCACGGUGUAGCCUUUUUGGGCUACAAACAUUUAUUGCUCCUCUUUUUCAUUAAUUUUUUUAAAGAAGCCAACGUGUACAACCUUCUUUAUUGUAUUUUAUUUUGUAUCCCUGCAUUUUUUUUAUUUUGUUUGAGGAGUGAAUAAUGUUAAGGAACAUGAGAUCUGACACACGGAUGGGUAGCCCGACCUUGUUUUGGGGUCUGAUGCUCUCUGUGUCCACUAUCUGCAUCUGGUCCACACAUGGAGAGAUUUGUGGUCCGAGCAUCGACAUCCGGAAUGACAUCAGCGAGUUCAAGCGUCUGGAGAACUGCACGGUGGUGGAGGGCUACCUGCAGAUCCUCCUCAUCAAUGACAAGACCAACAACAUCAACCAGGAGGUCUUCCGCUCCCUGAGCUUCCCAAAGCUGACCGUCAUCACCGACUUCCUGCUGCUGUUUCGCGUCUCGGGCCUGGACAGCCUCAGCAUUCUCUUCCCCAACCUGAGUGUAAUCCGCGGGCGAAAUCUCUUCUACGACUACUCCCUGGUGAUUUACGAGAUGACCAGCCUGAAGGACAUCGGCCUGUACAAUCUUAGGAACAUCACCCGGGGAGCCGUGCGGAUUGAGAAGAACCCUGAGCUCUGCUACCUGAACUCUGUGGACUGGUCCCUUAUUAUGAAUGCUAGGUUGAACAACGUUAUAAAUGGAAAUAAGAAGGCAAAGGAAUGUGACAAUGUCUGCCCGGGCAUCAUGGAGGAUAACCCUCUGUGUCAGAGGACGUCGUUAAAUGACAACUACGACUACCGCUGUUGGACCUCCACGCAGUGCCAGAAAGUAUGCCCGGAGAACUGCAAGCUGUCGUGCACAGACAGGGAGGAGUGUUGCCACAGCCAGUGCCUCGGCAGCUGCACUGAACCCAACAACGACACGGCCUGCUCCGGCUGCCUCCACUACUAUCACGAGGGUCACUGCGUGCCGGACUGUCCCCCAGACACUUACAAGUUUGAGGGCUGGCGCUGCAUCAGCAUGGACUUUUGCUCCCAAGUCCACCUGACCGGAGACCCUAACUUUGUCAUCCACGGGGGAGAAUGUACGCCUGACUGCCCCUCUGGCUUCACCCGCAACGAGACUAAUCGAAUGUUAUGCAAUGCCUGCAAUGGCCCGUGUGAUAAGCCCUGCACAUCCUCCGUCAUCGACUCUGUGGAUGCUGCUCAGUCUCUGAAGGACUGCACCGUCAUCGAAGGCAACCUGGACAUCAACAUCCGACGUGGAAAUAACAUAGCGUCUGAGCUGGAGAGCUUCAUGGGGCUGAUUCAGACAGUGACGGGCUAUGUGAAGAUUCGACACUCCCACGCACUUGGCUCGCUAUCCUUUCUCAAGAGUCUGCGUUUAAUCAAUGGGCAGGAACUCAUCGACAACAUGUAUGCGUUCUCAGCCAUCAACAACCAGCACCUGCAGUACCUGUGGGACUGGAAUCAGCACAACCUGACUAUUGAAAACGGACGUCUUUUCUUCCGUCGUAACCCAAAACUCUGCAUGUCUGAGAUCCACAAGAUGUGGGAGAAGACGGGCAUUGCAGUGAAGCCAGAGGAGGGAGAUUUCCGUAACAACGGAGAAAGAGCCAGCUGUGAAAGCUAUAUCCUGAAGUUCAAGUCGAACAUCACAGCAAGUCAUAAUAUCACGCUGACAUGGGAGCGCUACCGGCCGCCGGAAUACGACCUCAUCAGCUUCAUAGUCUACUACAAAGAGUCGCCUUUCCAGAACAUCACAGAGUUUGACGGGCAGGAUGGCUGUGGUUUAAACAGCUGGCACAUGGUGGAUGUGGAUUUCCCUCAGGAGUCAGACGUUUACCCGAAAGUCAGUCUUCCAAACCUCAAGCCCUGGACCCAGUAUGCUAUUUUUGUGAAGGCCAUUACCCUGCAGGUGGAGGACAAACACGUUACAGGGGCAAAAAGUGAUAUCAUCUACAUUCGCACACGCCCAUCGCUGCCGUCUAUGCCCAAAGAGCCCCGGGCUUUUGCCAACUCCUCCACCAGGCUGAUGGUGAAGUGGUCCCCUCCAGCCUUUCCCAACGGAAAUCUGACCUUCUACCUGGUCCGCUGGCAGCAGCAGCCGGAGGACAGGGAGCUCUACCAACACAACUACUGCUCCAAAGAGCUGAAGGUUCCGAUCCGUAUCCCGGCCACGGGGAACAUCGACAUGGACGACAGCACCAAGCCCACCAAAUCCGAUCUGGCAGGGGGGGAGAAGGGCCCGUGCUGCGCCUGCCAGAAGACGCCCGAGGAGAAAGACCGGGAGAAGGAUGACCGAGUCUUUUUCAAGAUUUUUGAGAACUUCCUUCACAAUGCAAUCUUUCUGCCGAGACCUCCAGAUCGUCGGCGCAGGGAUAUUUUUGGCUUUGCUAACAACACACUGAUGCCUGACGGUUAUGGUAGGGGGAACACCACCUUUGGUCCUGGAGAUAACAGUACAGAUGGGAUUCCUCCUAUCAGGGAGUACCCCUUCUCGGAGGAAAAGAGCGCAGCAGAAUCUUUAGACAUCCCCACCCUGCGGCCCUUCACCGUCUACCGCAUCGACAUCCAUGCAUGCAACGAGGAGGUGGGCCGCUGCAGUGCAGGGGCCUUCGUCUUCGCCAGGACCAAACCGGCAGUCAAAGCAGAUGACAUCCCUGGAAAGGUGAUCUAUGAGAGGAGUGAUAAGAUUGAGGGUUGUGUGGUGCUGCGCUGGCCGGAGCCUCUCAUGCCCAACGGACUCAUCCUGAUGUAUGAGAUCAAGUUUCGGCCGGGGACUGAGCCUGAGAAACACGAGUGUGUGUCUCGGCAGCAGUACCGGGAGAACAGAGGAGCUCGGCUGACCAACCUGGGCUCGGGGAAUUACUCCGCUCAAGUGCGCGCAACAUCACUAGCAGGGAACGGCUCCUGGACGGAGAGCGUGUUCUUCUACGUGCCCCCGCCCAAACGAGAUGAUGGUGUUACGUUCUACUUGGUCAUAAUAAUUCCCAUCAUAGUGACGCUUUUCAUUGCCUGCCUCACCACCAUUCUCUUCUUUGUGAACAAAAAGAGGAAUAGUGACAGAUUGGGAAAUGGAGUCCUUUAUGCGUCUGUCAACCCUGAGUACUUCAGUGCUGAGAUGUACGUCCCCGAUGAGUGGGAGGUGGCCAGGGAGAAGAUCACAAUGCUCAAAGAGCUGGGCCAGGGCUCCUUCGGCAUGGUGUACGAAGGCCUCGCCAAGGGAGUGGUCAAAGACGAUCCAGAGACACGAGUCGCCAUCAAAACGGUCAACGAGACAGCCAGCAUGAGAGAGCGCAUCGAGUUUUUAAACGAAGCCUCUGUCAUGAAGGAGUUCAACUGUCACCAUGUGGUGCGGCUGCUGGGCGUGGUCUCUCAGGGACAGCCAACGCUGGUGAUUAUGGAGCUAAUGACCCGCGGAGACCUCAAAAGCCACCUGCGCUCUCUUCGUAAAGAAAACUCCACCACUCAGGUCCUACCCCCGCUCAAAAAGAUGAUCCAGAUGGCAGGGGAAAUUGCCGACGGCAUGUCGUACCUAAAUGCCAACAAAUUUGUCCACAGAGAUCUGGCUGCCAGGAACUGCAUGGUCGGCGAGGACUACACUGUGAAAAUUGGAGAUUUUGGCAUGACCAGAGAUAUUUAUGAGACGGAUUACUACCGUAAAGGAGGGAAGGGCCUGCUGCCUGUCCGCUGGAUGUCUCCAGAGUCUCUGAAAGAUGGCGUGUUCACUACGAUGGCUGAUGUCUGGUCAUUUGGUGUUGUGCUGUGGGAGAUCGCCACCUUAGCAGAACAGCCUUACCAGGGCAUGUCCAACGAACAAGUGCUGCGUUUCGUCAUGGAGGGAGAACUCUUGGACAAACCUGACAACUGCCCUGACAUGCUGUUUGAGUUGAUGAGGAUGUGCUGGCAGUAUAACCCCAAGAUGCGUCCGUCCUUCCUGGAGAUCAUCAACAGCAUCAAAGAGGACCUGGAGCCUCCCUUCAGGGAAAUGAGCUUCUUCUUCAGCGAGGAGAACAAGCCGCCGGACACCGAGGAGCUGGACAUGGCGGUAGAAAACAUGGAGAACAUUCCACUGGACCCUGCUUCCACCAGGCAGCCCUGUGCUGCUGCCGCCCCCUCGUCGGGGGGGACGGGAGGGACGCCGCCCCCCUCUACCCAGCAGUUAUCCCCAAUGCAAGGCCCAAGUACUCCGCACCUGGGAGCCGUGUCUCCCUCCCCCCCGGGACCAGGGGCCUCAGCCUUGGCGUCUCCAGGCCAGGCCUUGGACAAGCACUCAGGACAUGUAUCGGCCAACGGACCCGUGGUGGUACUUCGGCCUAACUUUGACGAGUUGCAACCCUAUGCACACAUGAAUGGGGGCAGAAAGAACGAGCGGGCGUUACCACUGCCCCAGUCGUCGGCCUGCUGAUAUCAGACAAGCCCCCCCCCCCCCCCCCCUCCUCCUCUUACACAGGGUAACACAAGCCUCUCAUCCAUUUCUCUUGGAGAUAUGGAUGAGGUAAGAAAUGACUUUCUUCUACUGUGUGCCAGUAGAUGAUCUCUCCAAUCCUUUAAGGUCAAACAUAAACUGUAAAAACAGUGAAUGAGUACAGAAACCUGCAAAAGCAUUUGGAGUUUGGUGUGUCAGACUCGACACUGGAACUCCUUCCUGUGCCCGCCUGUAUGUCGGUCCUUCAAGAAGGAACCAAUGCAGGCAUGUGUCCUGACAGAUUUAGACAUGAACUUAAAGACAACCUUUUUUUAGCAUAUCUGCCAGCAAAUCCAACAGAAGAGCACUUUUUUCCUGAUGAUUUCAGAGAGGAUAUUGUGGAUAUCAGAGAGUGUAUUUAUACAAAACACGUGAUUCUCUCUAUUAUUUGACAAAGCUCCAUUUCUAAAUGACUUUCCAUCAAAAUGACUUUUGUUUGCAUGAGCAGACCGGCUCAUGUGAUGUGAGGAUGCCUCAAUUAGACAGUUUUGACUAAGGUCAUUGUUUCAUUUUCUUAUGAUAUGUCUAUGAUCCCAUCAGAAGCGGGUCAAAAUGGAAGAGGAGGGCCUGUUGUGUAUCUGCCAAACUAUUGCCAAAUCAAUUUGACUUCCUUUCUUCGGUUUCAUAUAGGUCUCCUUUCUGGUUUAAGGCUGUGAUUCAGAGUUGAGAUAAUAUUGUCUAGAAAAAACCCAACAUUUUUUGGUGGUAUUCAGACCUGAUCUUUGACACGAGCUGAUCCUGGAGCAGCAGUCUGUGUGUCUUAUCCCUGGACAGAGGACAGUGUUAGCCUUGUGAUACUUGGGACAUGUUGACAAGUGAAUUGCUUACACAUGGAGAGACCAGCAUAAAAGCAGGACUGUUGCAUACAGGAUUAGAAAUGCAAGCACAGUCUUUAAAGAUAUGUUUUUCUAAUCAAUUAAAGGUCCCCUAUGAUACUCUUUUUCAACAAUAUAUUAUGGGUCUCAGAUAUAUACAAAACAUGUCUCUGAAGGGUUUGGCUCUAAAUCCCUAAGAGAUCCUGCAUUGUAGCAUCCCAUAAUCCCCUCUGAUUCAGGCCUGUUUCAAAAGUGCUGAUUCUGUGUCUGUAGCUUUAAA